ACAAGUACAUGACUGGUAGAUUGUCUUGCCAAUAAAGGACCAGCUAUACAAAUUUGGGAUGUAACUAAAGCCUGUAGUUGGAUUUAUUUACACUCGAAUCAGUUCGAUAUUGCAAACAAUGGAUCGCUAUGACGAUAUCGGGUAGUUCCGUCGGGAGCCCAACCUCUGUAGAAAAAAUAUCCGAAAUCGAACGAGCAAAUUAGAUCUACAUCUUCAAAAAGGCGUCCCGGAAUACACCUUGCAUUGGUAUUGAAUAUUUUGCGCUCUUUAAGCGUAUCACGUAGUAGGCCUAUGGGGGAGAUAUUCUGGUGUUUUCGCUCAUCUUAAGUGACAAGUAAUGUACGACACCAUUCGUCAAGGAUGGGCUGACUUAAUGAGUAAGACGGAUUAUGAUAGAGGUAGCUGAAUAUUGAAUUGUAGCGUCUGGAGAAUAGCUGCGACAUAUUUUCAUGAUGGCGCACGGGACGUAUCAUGGCCGAGGUAGCAACAACAGCUAUGUACAGAACUACCUCAACCGACGCCAGUUAGUAGGCGGGGUGCCAGUGGAGGGCAACGCCUCGGACUAUGAGGACGAGGACGACAUGGUCUCUGAUCACGACGAGAUGGAUUACGAGAUUUACCCCAAUCCGCAUCUCUCCCGCAACAAGGCCCUCACUCGCCCCUACGAGGACGCCGGUCGCUUUGAGGCCUCUAAGCUACGGGAGGCUAAGGACACGGGCCCGAAUAAGGGACAUGGGCACAAGAAGUUCAGUAAGCGCGGCAGGCUUGUGACUUUUUACCGUAACGACGACCCACAUUUUAAAGGUAUUCAAACGGCUGUCAGCCAGAAGUGCUUUGUGUCUUUCGAAACUUUAUUAUCUUGGUUGACGGAAAAGAUUCCCCUAACGAAGGGAGUUCGGCAUGUGUUUAGCCUCCCCGAGGGGAGAGAGAUAACGGACGUUAAGGAUUUCGUUGGUGGUAAAGAUUACGUUGUUUCAAACGAUAAGAAAAUACGUCUCAACGUUCAAUACGGCAAUUCUAAAGAACAAUACUGGAAUAACCGUAAGCCAUCGGCAGGGAAAUUUCGCAAACACGAAAAGCAAUUAUUUCUUGGUGAAAACGGAGAUGUUUUGUCGACAUCAAACGCUUCGCCUCGUAUAUUGUCCAUUAUGAGCAACACGCACAGGAAUAGCAUAGAAAAGGUGAUCCUGAACCCGAAAACGAAUCAAACUUUCGAAGAGAUGUUGGAGGACAUUACUGCAAUGCUCAAGCUGCUAAAACCACCGGUGACCAGCCUUUAUACGGCCAAGGAACCUUUUAGGAAGGUCCAAAGUUUCUCCCAGCUCCACAGGGACUUUAAGGACCACGACCUGUUUAUUGCAUGUGGGCGUGAGGGGAGGCCCAAAGAAAUGUUGACGAACGCGUUCAGCAAGCGGGAAGCACCCAGUAGUAACUCGAGUAACGACUCGCUCAUCACGGGGCAGGCGGCCCUCAGGAAACCCAAGAAAAUACGAAGACCAAAUAUCCCAGAUUACGAGAGCAACCCCAGUUUCGUUCGCUCUGUGUCACCUGUCACCCCUCAGCCAGCCCGGGGAAACAGCCACCCCAACAUAGCCACCAGAUGUAGGAUACCCAAGCCCAGGACAAAGGCCAUCAUCAAGGCAGGGAGGUCUGUCACGCCCCAGUUUUCCAAGCCUGAAGGUGUCGGAAAGAAGAAAACGCAGCGUCUAGGUAAACGACUUGACCACUCGGUGGAUGUCAUCAAGGUGGACAUCCACGGACGCCGAAGAGAGUUUUAUCCGCCAACAUUGAGUGAUGGUAACAUCGACGACGGGGAGCGUCCCGACAAAAAACUCAAAUUGGACUGGGUUUACGGGUACCGUGGUCAUGACGCCCGUAAUAAUCUGUACGUGUUGCCCAGCAACGAGCUGCUGUAUUAUGUCGCGGCCGUCGCCAUAGUUUACGACAAACAAAGAGAAUUACAGCGACAUUAUACCGGACACAACGAAGACAUUUCUAGCAUGGCGCUUCAUCCAAACGAGACAUACGUGGCAACUGCACAGCUAGCAGGCGAGACGGCUGACACGGCGGCUCACAUUCGCGUCUGGGACGUGCGUUCCCUUUCGACCUAUGCUAUUAUUGGUUUAGGUGUUUUCCAAGUGGGGUUGAGCUCUCUUGAUUUUUCAGCGGAGAGCGAGGGCGAGUACCUAAUGGCUAUAGACGAAGGAGAGCGUCACGUGAUGAGCGUGUGGAACUGGCAAGACGAAAAGAUGCUGGCUAAAACUACGCUUACAAACGCCCCAAAGCAUUCUUUGGAUGACGAAGAGGAUACGUCCAUAGAGACGGUAAUAUGGGGCUGUUUCCACCCGCAAGACGACACGACUCUUGUGACGUACGGUGAGGAACAUAUCCACUUCUGGAAAAUAUUCUGGGACAGUCGGUCCAAAACUGCCAAGAUCCUCAGAGACAAGAAAAGUGGUUUCUUUAAAGAAGACCCUCCCAAGUUUGUGACCGCCAUAGCGUUUUCUGCCAAUGGUGACGUCAUUACUGGCGAUUCCAGUGGUCGCAUUCUGGUGUGGUCACGUGACUCAGCUGACGCAUACGUCAUAAACACACGGUGCUCCGAAAGUAUGCGACGCGCUCACAGGAAGACGGUGUUUGCCCUGUGCAUGCUUGAAGACGGUACUUUACUGUCGGGUGCCGGCGACGAAAUCAAAGCCUGGGACUCCAGUGACAAGUACAGAAACAUCAGGGACAGGACGAUCCCAGAAAGCGCUGGUUAUGUCCGGACGCUGGUCCCCCAGAGCCUGCUGACAGCAGACGACACGUUGUUUGUUGGAACCACGAAGAAUAUCGUCCUAGAGGGGUCGCUGCAGCAUAAGUUCAGAGCCGUUGUACAGGGGCACGUGGAAGAGGUGUGGACGGCGGCCAUAUCCCCGUCAGAGCACGCGUUCGUCACCGCCGGCCACGACAUGAUGGUCUGCAAGUGGUCAGCGGUCAGCCAUAAAAUGCUGUGGAAGGUCUACGUGGACAGUGCUUGCUGGGCCUCAGCGUAUCACCCUGAGGGUCACACCGUUGUUAUUGGGACAGAGACGGGACAGGUGAUCGUGCUGAACGCUAACAAUGGCAGCCAGCUCGCCUCCUUCAACGCUUCUCACGAGAAGAUACAGACCGUGCAGUACUCCCCAGAUGGUGCCAUGCUGGCUAUUGGUUGCCAUGACAACACGAUAUACGUGUUUGAUGUUCUGGAGAAGAGGCGAUCAUACCGGAGACACGGCCAGGGUUUUCUGAGGGGACAUAAAAAUUUCGUGUUGAAUCUCGACUGGUCACGUGACAGCGGUUUCCUGAGGAGCGUUUCUGGGGAUUGCGACACCCUUUUCUGGAAUGUUAAUUCUAUGCAGCAAGAAAAACCGGCCAAAAGUCUGCGUGACGUAGACUGGCACACGCACAACUGCAUUCUGGGAUACCAUGUCAUAGGUGCUUGGUCCAACCUCGUGGAGGGGGAGGACCUUAGCUGCACGGCGCGUUCCCACUACAGGGACUAUUUAGCUGUCGGAGAUACAGAGGGCGCAGUUAGGCUCUACAAAUAUCCAUGUGCUGCGCACAAGCCUGAGUACUACGAAAAGAAGCACUAUUCGUCCAACGUGACGUCAGUGGGUUUUCUGUUUGACGACAGUUACGUCAUAAGCACGGGAGGAGUGGACGCCGGGGUGAUGCAGUUUGCUGUGGUGGAACCGCUAACCCCAAGGUAGCCGAUGAUUUAACCCCACACCUUCUACGCCUCUCAACUGACACUCGCUGGAGACACACACUGGAAAAUUAUUCGCGAUGUUAGAUACUUACCAUUUGCAUCGUAAUGCAGUAAUUCAUUGAGUCCUGGCGUAGGGAAGCUAAGGUCACGUGUGUCUCUGCAACUCGUAGGUCGGGGUGAGAAACCCAUCGCUCCAAAUUUACAUUGUCAAC